AUGUUGUCGCACGCGGUUCUGCUCUCGUUGGCUGUGCACGCCCUGGCGGCGGUGCAUGAGUCUGUGGCUUCACUGCCGCUUGGUUGGAAGGAAACUUCCAUUGCUGUCUCGGACGAUGCUCCCAUCACCCUCCAGGUUUCACUUUCAUACCAGAACAUCGACCAGCUUGAGACUCUUCUCACCUCCGUCUCCACCCCUGGGAGCCCGAAGUACGGGCAGUACCUCGAUAUUGAUGGAGUGAGCAAAGUCUUUGCACCUUCCAGCGCUGCGUUGAACAGCGUCCGCCAAUGGCUCGAGAAGGGCGGCGCCACCAUCAACUCUGCCGCGGACGGCGUCAUCUCCUUCACCAGCACCGUCGGAAAGGCCAAUGCUCUCCUGGACACCAGAUUCGCCGUCUUCGCCAAAGAUGACGAUCUCCGUCUCCGCACGCAGUCCUACUCCGUCCCCGACAACCUCGCCGACUACAUCGACGUCAUCACACCGACGGUCUACUUCGGCAACAUCAAGCCGCAACGCAACCACAUCGGCAUCCCGAUGGAGGCCCUCGAUGCCUUCCGCCUGCAGAACCCGGACACCGAGGACGAGCUCUCCAAGCGUGCUUCUCCCAUCGAUCCUUCCUGCACAUACACAUACGUCUCGCGGAGCGGUCGGCAGUACACUCUGCUGGGCCCGAAAUGCUUCCAGCAGUUGUACAACACGGUCGGCUACAAGCCAGACCCCAAGGCGGGCAGCACCGUCGCUUUCAGCAACUUCCUGAACCAGAGUGCUUCAUACUCCGACCUGGCGCUCUUCGAGAAGACUUUCGGCCUCCCCUCUCAGAACUUCACCAACCUCGCCCUGAUCAACGGAGGCGUCGACAACCAGGACCCUCUGACCGAAGCCGACGGCGAAGCCAACCUCGAUGUCCAAAACAUCAUCGGUCUCGUCGCCGGCCUCCCCGUCUACUCCUACAUCACCGGCGGCUCGCCUCCCUUCCAACCCGACCUCCUCUCCCCGACGCAGGCCCAGAACACCAACGAACCCUACCUCGAAUUCUACCAAUACCUCCUCUCGCAACCCAACUCCAAACUGCCCUACGUCAUCACCAACAGCUACGGCGACCACGAAAACACCGUGCCCGAGCGCUACGCCCGCCGCGUCUGCAACCAAAUCGGCCUCAUGGGCCUCCGCGGCCGCACUGUCCUCGAGAGCUCCGGCGACGAGGGCGUCGGCGCCGUCUGCCGCAACAACGCCGCGCCCUUCCAACCGCAAUUCACGCCCCAGUUCCCCGGCACAUGCCCGUACAUCACCGCCGUCGGCGGCACGCAGUUCCUCGACCCGGUCGAGGCCUGGAACGCCAGCAGCGGCGGUUUCUCCAACUACUUCCCGCAGCCGCUGUACCAGAAACUCGCCGUGCAGACCUACCUGAGCCGAUACAUCAGCCCGGAGACCAAGCAGUACUACUCGUCCAACAACUACACCGACUUCGCGGGCCGCGGCUUCCCGGACAUCUCCGCCCACUCCCUCUACCCCUACUACGCCACCGCCAUCAACGGCACCAUCCAGGCCAACGGCGGCACCUCCGCCGCCUCGCCCGUCGUCGCCGCCCUGGUCGCCCUGCUCAACGACGCCCGCUUCCGCGCCGGCCAGCCCAGCGUGGGCUUCAUCAACCCGCUGCUGUACGCCGCCGCGGCCCUGCGCUCCCCGGGCAUCGUCGACGUCACCCGCGGCGCCGCCCUCGGCUGCCAGGGCGUGAACCUGCAGACGGGCCGGCCGGUGCCGGGCGCCGGCAUCAUCCCCUACGCCACCUGGAACGCCACCGUCGGCUGGGACCCGGCCACCGGCCUGGGCACGGUGGAUUUCAUGAAACUGAAGGACUUUGUCCUCAGCGUGGGCAAGAUCUUCGGCGGUGGCGGCGCGGGGCAUUACUAG